AUGGCUUGGUGUAAGGAAGCAAAGGAAAAAAAAUAUAUAAUGGAGACAGAGACAGCUACAACAGGUAUAGCAGCUGACAGAAUUUAUGGUGUUACCUUACACUCCUAUGCUGGUGUGGGGCUUGGAAAGGAGCCUGUUAGCAAUCUUAUUACAAAAAUACACAAUUCACGUCUUCAUUAUAUUCAGUGGAGGAUUAUCAAUAAGGUUGCUGGUGAAAUUGA